GAAAAUGGCGGCGCCCAUAGUAAAAACCUUUGUGUCGGUUUAUUAUUUAAUAUUCUUUUAUUUCCUGAUAUCAAUUGUGAUGUGAAAACAGCCAGUGUAUACUGCAGUGAUCGACAAUGUACCUACAAAUUUGGCAACCUUGAUGUAGAAUCAGCAACAGCCUAUGGUGUUUACAAUGAUACACUUAUGGAAAGUGGUUGGGGAAUUCUCAACAUCAGUGCUGGGAGAGGCAGUAAGACAGCAGAAAAUGUCGACCUUAUGUUUGCUGCCGGCUACUUAGAAGCAAUCCUUACUCAAAAGAGAAUAUUUCAGCAUUACCAGAAUCUGAAUGACUAUUUUGAAACAAGGUUUGGAAACAACACAGAUGCUAAGAAGGCUGUGAAAGCAUUCUUUUUAAAUCAGGACAUGUACAUGAGAAAAAUGAUCAAAAAUAAUGUACCAGCUAGUCCAUAUUGGCGACAUAUGUCUUACAUACUGGCACAAUAUGAUGGACUUGCAAAAGGUUAUGGGGAUGUUGCUCCAAGUGAUAUGAAACUAAGUCUGUAUGCAUUUCAAGUAUUAAAUGGUAAUGGGGAUAUGUUGGACCUUAUAAGUGCUGUAAAUCCCAAGAGUAGACCUGAUUUUAAGAAAAUGACCAAGGCAGAAGCUGUGUCUUUUAUAGCCAAGUCUGGACGAUGUUCAGCUCUUAUCAAGGUGUUAGGAGCAUAUGAGGAUGUAUUUAUGUCACAUUCUAGCUGGUUUAUCUAUCAAGCUACUAUGAGAAUAUAUAAACAUUACGACUUUAACGUAGACGAUCCUGACACUGCUGCCAAACAAAUCUCUUUCUCUAGUUACCCAGGGUUCUUGGAGUCACUAGAUGAUUUUUACCAGAUGAGCAGUAAGUUGAUAAUGUUACAAACAACCAACAAUGUCUUCAACACCUCAUUGUACUCUCUAGUCACACCUCAGUCACUCCUCGCCUGGCACAGGGUUAGACUAGCCAACAUGAUGGCACAUGAUGGUGAGGAGUGGGCAACCAUAUUCUCAGAGAAUAAUUCAGGAACAUACAACAACCAGUAUAUGAUAUUAGACUUGAGGAAGAUAGACUUAGAAAGGAACAUACAUGAUGGAGCUCUGUGGGUAGUGGAACAGAUCCCCGGGCUUGUCGAGUAUGGUGAUACUACACCUAUACUCAGAACUGGAUACUGGCCAUCCUAUAAUGUUCCAUACUUUGAGAAAGUGUACAAUAUGAGUGGUUAUCCAGACUUUGUAAAGCAACAUGGAACAGAUUUCUCUUAUCAGCUUGCACCAAGAGCAAAGAUUUUCCGUCGGGAUCAGGCCAGUGUAAAGGAUAUGGCAACCAUGAAAAAUAUUAUGAGAUAUAAUGAUUACACAGAAGAUCCAUAUUCUGAGGGGGAUUCUUGUAAUGCUAUAUGUUGCCGUGGAGAUCUAAGGAAGAGUUCACCUGGACCAUUUGGUUGCUAUGAUACCAAGGUAGCAAAUUAUAAGAUGGCUCUAGAGAUGACAGCAGAUAUAAUCAAUGGCCCCACCCUGGGGACAGGUCUGAAACCAUUCCAAUGGACUGACGAGUACAAACAGUCACAUAUAGGUCUUCCUGAAACAUACAACUUUAACUUCCAACAAACAAGACCUCUCAGGUCACCAUAAACAACAAACAAGACCCUUCAGAUCACCAUAAACAACAAACAAGUUCUCUCAGAUAACCGUAAACAACAAACAAGACUCUUCAGAUCACCAUAAACAACAAACAAGACACCUAAGAUCACCAUUAACAACAUACAAGACACCUAAUAUCACCAUAAACAACAAACAAGACACCUUAGAUCACCAUUAACAACAGACAAUACCAUUCACAUCACAAUAAAGAACAAACAAACCCCUAACAUUACCAUAAAAAAAACAAUACCCACUCAGAACAUCAUAAACAACAACACCUUAUAAGUUUUUUUAUGAUUAGACACUGUGUCAGAACACUGCUGAACUAAUUGAUUGUAUUUGUUAAUUGUUCUUAAUGCAGAACUGAGGUUAAUAUUCAAGUAGAUAAUUGAUAAACACUUUAGAUUCUCAUUCUCAAUUAUAUCAUGGCAAGAUAUUAUUAUUUUACACUGAAGAGUAAUUGAUUAUUACAUAAUCUCAAAUCUGGUGUCAGUGUCAUAAUACACACUCUGUCUUCUAUAGAUAGACAAUGUUUGAUUAAAUUGUUUAUCUCAUAUGACAGUGUUAUAUCAAGAUUUUAACGUCAGGAGUAAUGGAUUCAUGUUUAUUUAUAAACUUGUUAAUAAUGGUGAUGCUUAACUUUAAGUGGUUUUACCAAUUAUGCCAAUUAAUGGUUAUCAGGUGACAAAGACAGUGAAUGUAGUUUCAUGUAAACAUUGGGCCAGUUUUUGGCCAUAA